AUGACGAAAAACGGUUCAGCAAAUCCAUCCCGCAAGAUGCGCCGGCGUGGUUCAAUCGACGUCGUCGAUGCAAAGGUCGCAGUUGACCUCGCCACAGCUCAGACAUAUUCUGAAAAUGUCUUCCUUUUCAUACCUAAUCUCAUCGGUGCAAUAGUUCUAUGCUUGGGCCACAUAGGGUAUACGCGCAUCAUCCUUGCUGGGCUUUCGCUCCACUUCAUGAGCUAUCACCCCAAAUACUGCACUCUGGCAUAUGUGAUAUCAUGUUUAUUGGACGCUGUUGAUGGCCAGGCCGCACGAGCCCUAGGACAGACAUCGAAAUUCGGUGCAGUGUUGGACAUGGUCACAGAUCGGUGUACAACAUCGUGCUUGCUCUGCUAUCUAUCGUCUGCAUACCCAAAUUUCGCAGUGGUAUUCCAGCUCCUUAUCUCACUUGAUUUCGCCAGCCAUUACAUGCACAUGUACAGCUCACUCGUAACUGGUUCGCGGAGCCACAAGCUCGUGACGAGCGAAGUCAGUCGUAUCCUAUGGUACUACUAUAAUGACUCCCGUACUCUGUUCUUCAUGUGCGCAGGCAACGAGCUCUUCUUCGUCUCUCUCUACCUCAUGAAAUGGGUGGACACGCCUAUCGGGCUCGGCGCUUACUCCUCAUGGCUCGCGGGUCUCACCUGGCCCGAGCUUGUCGCGAUCCCCAGCGCAUUCGUCUGUGCAGGGAAGAACAUUAUUAAUCUCGUACAGCUCUGGAAGGCGUCGAAAAUCCUCGUAGGGGUGGACCUUGCAGAGCGUGCGCAUGCGCGCGAGCUACAGGCUAAGAAAGAGUGAAAUGGGUUCGUGGACGGACAAAUAUCAUACAUACUACAUAUGCUGCUUCGUGCAUAAUGCCAAUAGGACGGUGUAAUCGCAUUCUUUGUUUUUGAUCUAUGUAAAUAUUUACGGCGUAAACGCAAACUACGCCAAGAAUGAUUAAUGACAUGGAGGCAUUUAGCACGCCAAGCGUUUGGUUGGGAGGCUUUAGAUGGUCGGAGUGAAUCUAAUUUUCGGGUGAAUGCUCCGGAUGGUAAAUGUUCGGCUGGGCUGGAUGCUCUGGAGAGUAUCUUAUUUAAUGACAUACAACAGAGCCAUCAGAUGCAUCAAGCCCAAACCAGACAAUAUGUUAUCUUGAUAUGCCCUGCCAUCCGGAUCCGACAUCGGUGGCGCCCUGGCCGACCUGAGCGUCCUUAAUGGGCUUCU